CUGAACAUGGCAGCUUCAGGAGCCGCCGGUUCUCCCAGCAGGUUGGUCCAGUACGUCGUCGUCCGGUCGGACCUGGUUCACAAGCUGUCGUGGCCCCUGGGUGCCGUGAUAACUCAGGCCUGCCAUGCUGCUACUGCUGCCAUCCACCUGCACUACGGGGAGCCGGACACCCAGCAGUAUCUGGCCGAGCUGGACUCCAUGCACAAAGUAGUGCUGGCGGCUCCAGACGAGGCAGCUCUAUCCGGUCUAUCAGAGACUCUAACCCAAGCUGGCGUUUCUCACAAGCUUUGGAUCGAGCAGCCGGAGAACGUUCCCACCUGCUUGGCUCUGAGGCCGUACCCCAAAGAGACGGUCCACCCGCUGCUCCGCAAAUUCAAACUCUUCAAAUGACCUGAAACAUCCUGGAAAGAUAAAAUCACUAACUCAACGUGCUGGAUAUCUGCUUUCAUCUGCAGGAGGAAGAGAUGUGAGAGUCGUGAUCCGGCCGGAAGGAACAGAGACAUGGUGCCAAAGCCUCCGAUCAUCAGCUGUUAACAUUAAAGUCAAAAAAUAUGAAGUUUAUUCUGGAUUAAUUUGAUCAUUUUAGUUUAUUUAUGAUGCAAAAAUACUCACUGGCCUCUUUACCAUCAUUAUUAUUAUUAUCAUUAUUAUUAUUAUUAUUUUUAUUACACCUGUUUAAUUCAAUCCAAUAACAACAGCUCUGAUAUAAAUUCUACUUUUAUGACAUUUAUACAUGUUCAGUGUUGGUUUACAUUGUUAAAGGUAGAAUUAUUACCACCUUAAGUUUAUUACUGAGGUCAUAGUUGGUGAUGUUGGUGUAUUAAGGUAUGUAGAUAAUGAUAAUGAUAUAAUUGAUAAUGUUAUAAUUUAAUGUUAUAAUU